ACCCCUCCCCUCCGCCCUCCCCUUCUUCCCCAGGGAAACACCUCGCCUGCAUACGUACGACGCACCACCCCUCCCUGCCCCCGCGACCCGGCACCGCCGCGCCCCGAUCUCCGGCGUCGACACCGCCGCCUCCGGCGACCCCCCUCCCGCGCUCCUGGGGCCUCCCCCGGAGCCCCUCAGGCCGCCGCGCCGCGCCUCGUGGGCUCCCCCGGGCUCCCCGGCCCCAAACCCUAACCCUAGCUCCCGGCGCGGGGCAGUGCAGGUGCGUCCUCUGCUCCAUCGGGCGCUCCGUCCGGCCUCCCUCUGCCCCCCACGGCCCCUUAGGGUCGCAAUUGAGGUACGUAGAGUGCCGCGCGGUGGUGUGGGUGGGAGGUCUGAGUGGCCACUGCGGGGAGACUGCGCCGGCGGCUGCUGAAUUGUGCUGCAUUUGGUCUGGGCGGGCGUGUGGUGGUACGUGCGCGGGUCCGCUCCACGCAGCUGUCGCUGCGCCAGGGUUAACUGGAAGCAGAGUGUCUGUUUUCUGGACUUGAGAAUUUGAGAGGUUGUGCGGUCUAAUGGCACACGCUGCUGAGUAGAUGUGCAUACAAUGAUGCAUGGGCAAAGCCUGUUUCUGUGGUCCAGUGGCUAUUGAGCUGUGCUCUAUGGGAGGAAUUGCUGAAUGUGGUGUGAGCGUUGACACUAAAGCUUCACCACGUCGUGCGGCCAUAGAGAAAGCUCAGGAGGAGCUGAGGCAGGAAUACGAUGUCCGUGAAGAGCGAAGGAGGGAGCUUGAAUUUCUGGAGAAGGGAGGCAAUCCCUUGGAUUUCAAACUCGGCCAUGUAGCAUCACUCAGUGUACAGUCCACUUCUGUAACAGACCAGAUAGCUGAGCAAAAUGUGAUAAGCGAGGCUAAAGGUAGUUUUGCAUUUGCCGCAUCACCUCAUGGGGAUUCUGUUGAAAGCAGUGGCAAGCCAGGAAAUUCAUUGUGCCGUGAAGGCAAUACAGCCGAUAAUCUUAUGCUCUUGGAUGGAGAUACCAGCAACAUAGGUGGGGAGAAACUUCCAAAACGUGGAACUAAAAGAGCUAAUGCAGCUCAAGCUGAGCAGUUCACGGACUGUGAUGGUCAGAAUAAUGCAAAAGAAGAAGAUUCCGGUUUAUUCCGACUUGGGCCAAAGAGCCAAGCAUACGCUCGACGUAGAUCAAAGUCAGCCAGAGACAAUUCAAAUAGUGCACUUGUUAGGCAUCCACCCGUUCCUCCAGUAAGUUCUCAGAAAAAAGAUGACACAGGGUUAAUCCCAGAAGCCAAGACCGAAGAUAAUGGCGUUUCAUCCGUCGGUGAUUCGAAGCCAAAUAGUCCUAACUGUCAAAAUAUGCUGAAGAAUGCACCAUUAAAUGAUAAUGUGGAAAUGGAUACGGGCGGUGUCCAAGCAAUUUAUGAAGGCGAUCAAACAUCCAAGAAUGAGUUAUCAAACAGCAACAAUGGCAAUCAAGCUAUGGAAAUUUCACCAAACAGUGUGACUGAUAAUUCACAUCUUACUGUAGGUGAUCAGAUGGCUACUGCAACUGCUUCUGCAGUAUCCCCUGAUGCUAUUUCAAAAGAAGCUGCUUCAAAUAUAGUUUCUUCUCUCCCAUCUAUAUCCAAUGAAAUCUUGAAAGAAGCACAAACUCCUGAGAAGGCAGGUAAUAGCCCAUCUACUGUAAGUGCGGUUGACAUUCAUGCAGAUAGUAUGGAUAACAAGGGUCCUACUACUGAUUCUGCUGUCAAAAGUGCUUGUUUAAAUGAAAAUGAAGUGGAUCCAACGCAUGCAUAUGCCACCAACGCUGCUAAUGAACAUCCAGGCCAAAAUGAGGAUCUUGCACCAGUUAAGGCUGGUGAAAUGGUUGAUGAAGGCUUGAAUAAAAUUCUACCUGAGGACAAGGAUGACAAGAAAGAUAGUCAACUGGAAGUUAGUAGCCAGCCUGUCGCUUUGGAUGACAGUUCUAGACAACCAGAACUUAGUUGCUCCGUUGGUGUGAAAGAUGAGAGAGAACUUUGUAACAAUGCAGUAGAUGCACAAAAGGAUACAAAACAGCUUGCUACUUCUAAUGAGGAUAAAGGGAACAAGGAGGAAUGUUCAGAUUCCCAUAGAAACAACACCAGUGAAUCAAGUGGUGCUCAAAAGCUGGCUUGUGUUACUGUGCCCCCUGCCUCAAUCACAGGCGAUGCGAUUAACCCUGUAGAAAAUGAUGUUGAGAAAUCUACCUUAGAUCAGGAGAAGAUAGCAAAGAAGGAAUGCGAAGAUUCUAUUGUUGCAAAGAAGGAUCACGAAGAUGCUAUCCUCAGAAGGGCGCGGUAUAUAGAGGCAAACAUUAAGAGGGCUGGUGAGCGGUCUCUCUGCAAUGUUUCUUUGGAGAAGAAGCGAAAGAGUCACUGGGAUUUUGUUCUGGAGGAGAUGGCCUGGAUGGCAAAUGACUUCAUGCAGGAGCGCUUGUGGAAAAGUGCAGCCGCAGCACAGAUGUCGCACUGGAUUUCUUCUAGUGGUCGAGUGUUAUUUGAAGAAGCAAGCACUCAGAGAAAGCAGAAAUCUGUUGCCAGAAUUCUGGCCAAUGGUGUUAUGCACUUUUGGCGUUCAAUCGAUACCUCACGAGGAAGUGGUGGUAUGUCUAAACCAAUGCAAAUAGAGCAAUCAAACGAUCUAGAAGAAAAGAAGCUGGGUGACGUCAAAGCAGGAAAACAAGAGGAUGAAGAAAAUUUGGAGCAAGAUAAGUCUAGGAAGUCUGUCAUUAGCUAUGCACUUCGAGUUCUUGAGUACAACAGGAAUGCAUCCGAAUGUCUGCCAUUAGCUGAGGCACCACCAACUCCUGACAGGCUAAAUGAUUUUGGCAUUCUGAAAGUACCAGAUCAACUUUCAGAAGCAAAUCUCUUUUACGGUGUAGCACCUGGUGCAAUGCAGGCGUACAGGGAGUCUAUGGAGCGUCUCUUUGUUUAUAACAAGAAAAUUGGUAACACUGUACUCAAGGAUGAUUAUGAGCCAUCAACAUAUGCUUCUGUUUCAGAUGUGCCUAUGGAAAAUGUAUACGGAGAAGAUGAAGCUGAGGGACGUACCUAUUUACUGCCUGGAGCUUAUGAUGGUGGUUUGGCAUCAAAAUUAAGCUACAAAAAGAAACACCCUGUGCCGCAGAGGAUGAAUGGUGCAAGGCCAUAUGAAAUUGGUUCUGACAUGCCUUAUGAACCAUUCAUGGAAAGCAAACCAGGAAACCAGCAAUUUGUACCAAAUGGCAAACGAACAACAGACUUCCUUUCUAUUCCUAUAAAACGCAUCCGCACAGCAGCUAGACAGCGGGUUGUGAGUCCAUUUCCUGCUGGUGUUUCUGGGACCCCUCAAUUCACAAGUAAAACAGAUGCUUCUAGUGGAGACACAAACUCCUGUCAAGAUGAUCAAAGUACAUUACACGGAGGAUCUUAUUCCAGGAAGAAUGCAGAUAUAGAGUCCACAGUUGAUUUUGACAGACAAUUGGUGUAUGAUGGUACCGAGGUGUCUACAAAGUCUAAAAAGAAGAAAAAGCCUAAACACCCAGGAUACAAGACUCCACAAAGUGUGGCUGAGUCGUGUUCCUUGAUGGCACCUGGAAAGGGCACAUAUGAUCCUAGACCUCAGGUCGAUUUGGUUGCUCAAUAUGAGCAGAAGGAUUAUAUGAAAAAGAGACUGGAGACUCAUCAAUUCGAUUCAAAUGGGAAUUUUGUGGUUAAUGGUCAACAUGCUGCUAAGAAGCCUAAACUGACAAAUCAAGCACCAGAUAUUGCACUGGAAGCUCUUACACCAGUUGGUCCAAUAGCUUCUCCUGCUGCGUCACAAAUGAGCAACAUGGCAAACCCUAAGGUCAUAAAGAUCAGCACUCGUGGAAGAAAAAGUAAAGGACUCAAGAUGGCAGCUGGUCAUUCUGGUCCUGGAAGUCCAUGGUCAAGUUUUGAGGACCAGGCUCUUGUUGUCCUUGUCCAUGAUAUGGGUGAAAACUGGGAAUUGGUGAGCGAUGCCCUUAAUAGCAUCAUCCAAUUGAAGUGUAUAUAUAGAAGGCCUAAAGAGUGUAAGGAACGCCAUAAACUUCUGACGGAUAAAAGUUCCGGUGAUGGAGCCGACAGUGCUGAUGACUCAGGCUCAUCUCAACACUACCCAUCUGCAUUGCCUGGCAUUCCAAAGGGUAGCGCCAGGCAGCUGUUUCAGCGCCUUCAAGGACCGUUUGAGGAAGAGACUCUCAAGACACACUUUGAGAAAAUAAUAUUCCUUGGACAAAAGUUGCAUCAAAUUCGUAGAAAGGGUGAGAUCCAGGAGCUGAGGCAGAUAAAUCCACUUCAUACGUCUCAUGUUUUUGCACUUUCUCAAGCAUGCCCAGGGAACUUAUCUGGUGUACUUUUAACGCCACUUGAUCUUUGUGAUGGACCUUCGAACUCGGAUACACUUUCUAUUGGUUACCAAGGAUCUCACACAAGUGGUUUAGCUCUUCCAAACAAUCAUGGUUCUAUUGGUCCUACUCUUCCUACUUCAAAUGUGAAUUCCAGAUUACCAGGUUCUCCUGGUAUGGUUCUAGGAAGCAAUUCGUCAUUGCCUAUGAAUGCUCCCUCCAGGGAUGCUCCGAGGUAUGGUGUGCCUAGACCUACCUCGUUACAGGGUGAUGAGCAAUCAAGAAUUCACUAUAGCCAGAUGGUUAAUGGCAGAAGCCUUCAGCAACCUGGAGUUCCUGUUCCUGGUGUGUUGCCAUCUGGAGUUGAUCGUGGUGUCCGAAUGAUGCCACCAGCUCAUGGUGUUGGAAUUAUGACCGGACUAAAUCGAGGUUCACCUGUUACUAGGCCGGGUUUUCCAAGGGUUGGUUCCCCUGGCAUGGCAAAUGUACUUCCACAUGGAAACAUGUCACCCAACAAUGGGCAAGGCUUACAAAAUACAGUAAAUGUUCAUCCUGGUGCCAUACCUGGUCCUGGAAAUACGAUGUUGAGGCCUCGUGACCCAAUGCAGAUGCUUCGGGCUGUCCAGAAUUCGGAAGAGCAUAGACAGAUGAUGUUGCCGGAGUUUCAGAUACAAGUCUCACAGGGAAAUAACCAGGUUGUCCAUUUCAGCGGCCCACCAUUUUCCAAUGCUGGAGGAUCUUCACCAGUUCAAUCUUUCCCUGUCCAGCAAUCCCAACCACAUCAGUUGCCGCAACAGCCGCACAUGUAUGGAAACACACACCUUGCUCAUACCCAAGGAACAAACCAGUCGAACCCACAGCAGCAGCAGGCUUAUGCUAUGCGCUUGGCUAAGGAGAGACAUAUUCAGCAAAUGGUGCCCCAGCAACAGCGCCCACUGCCUGGAAGCAAUGCAGUUCCAACUGUGCAGAAUGGUGCACAAAUGCAGCAGCAGAGCCAAGGAUCUGCGGCUGGUGUAAUCCCAGCUUCACAGCCACAGCGUAAGCAGCAACAUCCUGCACAAAAUCCAUUGGCUAACCCAAUGCUUCCCCAUCAGCCUUCUGCCAAUACAUCACAUAAACAGAAGAAACAACAGGGCCAGCAGCAGCCUAGACAAAAUCAACAGCAACGAAAUCAAGGUAGUCAGCAAGCUAAGCUUAUGAAGAGCUUAGGCCGAGGGAACAUGAUGCACCAGCCUCCUGUGGAUGCUAGUCAAGCCAGUGGCAUUUCUGCAAACUGUAAAAACCAAGUUCCUGAUAAGAAUGUGAUGCAACAAGGUCCAGGGCAUCUUGUUGGUAGUAAAGGAUCAAUUCCAUCAAUACCUCAACCUGGGAGUCAACCAAAGGUAUACACUACUCAGAUGCCUCUGUCACCGAUGCAGACUCCAGAUGUUAGUAAUCAGGGUGCAGUUAAGGGUUCUUCCAACCAUGCCUUGCUAACUUCCCAACAAGGUCAACUUCAUUCACCAUCACAGCUGGCUACACAGCAGCAGCAGCUACGGUACAUGAAUCCGUCACAGAAUAAUAUUCAAAGAUUAAUGAUGCAGCAAAAUCGCCAUAUGAAUACAGAUGGCAGGACUGAAUUACCUGUUGACCAAGUACAACACAACCAGGUCAUGUCAUCUGCAUCACUUGCAAGAAGUACGGAUUCAGGCAGCCCAGGCAUCUCAUCAAUGAGCCAGCGGAAACAAGAGUCAUCCCUCGAUCCAAGUGCAGUUACCUCAACCCCACACCUAGCUAGCUCACCUCAAGACACCUUUGUUGGAAGUGAUAAGCUGUUGCCAUCAUCUAGCCAAAGCAUGCUGCAAAGGCAAAUGUCCGGUGGUAUGCCUAUUCAUGGGCAUGACAUUGGUGGCCAGCUGCAGCAACAACAGUCUCGGCAGCACCUGCAGUCUCAGCAGCAGCAGCAGCAGCAGCAGCAGCGGCCUGUUGUUCAAGGCAGCAUAUAUGCUCAUCCUUCGAAUUCCGGGCCAGGAUGAUGAUGAUGAGCUAUGCUGGGCUGAUAUUUCUGCAGAGCAUCCCUUCCCUUUGUAAAGUUACUGUACAGGCGUCCGUGCUGUGGAAGAUGUGCGGAUGAUAGGGCUCUUUAUUCCCCGACUUUGAGCUAAUUGUAGCCACCUCAGUGUCAGGUAGAUAAUUAUUUUCCGUACCAUUUUGGUGCCACACUGCUACCUUCCAAGUAGUUUGACCCUAGAUUGCUGGAGGUGGUUCUUGUGAGGGCAAAUUCCUUUUGUUGUCGAAUUGUAACCCGACACUGGGCCCAGUUGUAUAUUUUUGCCUUUGAGGUCCAUGUUGUUAGAGACAUUCUCUUUUGUAUAAGCCUGUAUAUUCAGCUCACAAGUCAAUGAAUGCAAAAGCCUUUCUUUGCGUCAAA